GUAAGGAUCUUUUGCCACUUGCAAACUGGAGUGUACAGAUAGAUGCAUUGGACCUCAUUUUUCCUUGAUUUUUGAACUGCUUUCCGGAGCCCCAAUAAUAUAUUUCAUUUGGUGGAUAAAGAACAGCAGCAGCAUGGUUGAAGAUAAAGAGACAAAGCAUGGAGGAAACAAGAAUGGCAAGAAAGGAGGUCUCUCCGGAAGCUCCUUUUUCACUUGGUUCAUGGUAAUCGCGUUGCUCGGAGUCUGGACUUCAGUCGCUGUCGUUUGGUUUGACCUUGUUGAUUACGAGGAAGUUCUAGCCAAAGCAAAGGACUUCCGUUAUAACUUGUCAGAGGUACUUCAAGGAAAACUAGGAAUCUAUGAUGCCGAUGGUGAUGGGGAUUUCGAUGUGGAUGAUGCCAAAGUAUUAUUAGGACUAAAAGAAAGAUCUGACACAGCGCAAUCAGCACGUGAAGACCCUGAAGGACUUCUCCAGUCAGGACAGCAGGCCACCGCCAGAUCAGAACGAAAGAGUAUCGAAGAUGAGGUGACAGAAAAAAUCCAGUCCAUUCUUAAUGAAGCAAUUCAGGCACAACAGGUUGAAGACAAACCAGAGGAAAAGGUACAUGAGCCAGCAAGAGAAGAGCAGAUAGACAAUGAUGUGAUCCAUGAAGAAGCAUUUGAAAUUCCUACCAGAGACAUUUUGAAAGAUGAGAAUUUUGAGGGCCUGGAAGCAGAAACAUUUGAUGAAGGAACAGAAGAAAGAGAUCCUGUAGAAGAGCCUGAACCAGUUUCACAUGAAUAUUAUGAUGUGGAAGAGACUGAGUAUGAACAGGUGAAUCCAGAGUACAGUGAACCAGUUCCAGAAGAUGAAAUUCUAAAACAUGAAACAGAAGACACAACAUAUCAAGACUAUGACAGACAAGAAUCAGAACAUGAAGAGUCAACUCAGACAGACGAUAGAGCCUAUGAAACACUAGAAACAGUGGAAGCAGAAGAAAUUACAGGUAUUCCUUUAGAAGCAGAGGAGUUAAGCAUUAUUUCUGUGGAAGGAAAUGUAGCCCCUGUAAAAGAACAACAGGAAGAACCAGCAGAUGCAAGUCAGAAAGAAGCGGUCUCUGAACAAAAAGAAAAAGCUAAGAAAAAGAAACCCAAACUUUUAAAUAAGUUUGACAAGACUAUUAAGGCAGAACUUGAUGCAGCAGAAAAACUACGAAAAAAGGGAAAAGUGGAGGAAGCUGUGGCGUCCUAUGAAGAGCUGGUGCGGAAGUACCCUCAGAGCCCACGAGCGAGAUACGGGAAAGCCCAGUGUGAAGACGAUUUGGCCGAGAAGAAAAGGAGCAAUGAAAUCUUGAAGAGAGCCAUUGAGACGUACGGGGAGGUGCCCAAUCUGCCCAAUGUCCCCACAGACCUGGUCAAGCUGAGUCUGAAGCGUCUUUCUGACCGGCAGCAGUUUUUAGGUCACAUGAGACGGUCCAUCGUUACUCUUCAGAGGCUGGUUCAGCUGUUUCCCAAUGACACUUCCUUCAAGAAUGACCUCGGAGUGGGGUACCUCUUGGUAGGCGAUAAUGACAAUGCUAAAAAGGUCUACGAAGAGGUUCUGAGCUUGACUCCUAAUGACGGCUUUGCCAAAGUGCAUUAUGGCUUCAUCCUGAAGGCAGAGAACAAGAUUGCCGAAAGCAUUCCUUACCUGAAGGAGGGCCUGGAGUCUGGUGACCCUGGCACUGAUGAUGGCCGUUUUUAUUUCCAUUUGGGUGACGCCAUGCAGAGAGUCGGCAACAAAGAGGCUCACAAAUGGUAUGAGCUCGGGCACAAGAGAGGCCAUUUUGCAUCCGUUUGGCAGCGUUCCCUCUACAACGUUAAUGGGCUGAAAGCCCAGCCGUGGUGGACCGCCAAGGAAACCGGCUACACCGAGUUAGUGAAGGCACUGGAGAGGAACUGGAGGCUGAUCCGUGAUGAAGGCCUGGCCGUCAUGGAUAAGACCCGAGGCCUCUUCUUGCCCGAAGAUGAGAAUCUGCGAGAAAAGGGAGACUGGAGCCAGUUCACUUUAUGGCAGCAAGGCCGGAAGAACGAAAAUGCUUGCAAGAGUGUUCCCAGGACGUGUGCGUUACUUGACAAGUUCCCGGAGACGACGGGCUGCAGGCGAGGGCAGAUCAAGUACUCUGUGAUGCACCCCGGGACCCACGUCUGGCCACACACUGGCCCCACCAACUGCCGGCUGCGGAUGCACCUGGGCCUGGUGGUGCCCCAACAAGGCUGCAGGCUGCGAUGCGCCCAGGACACCACAACAUGGGCAGAAGGGAAGGUGCUGAUCUUCGACGACUCCUUCGAGCACGAAGUGUGGCAGGAGGCCACCUCGCUGCGCCUGAUCCUCAUCGUGGAUGUGUGGCACCCGGAGCUGACAACCCAGCAGCGCCAAAGCCUCCCCGCCAUUUAACCGGGAUUUGGGGGCCCGCGCCCAUUGGCCAGUCGAUGCCCCCCAGCGUGCCUGGCAGUCGACAAGCCCACGGGCCCCUCUGCCUCAUCAGACUUGUGGUGCAAGGACUGCCCAGCUCGCAGAAGCACCAGGGCCCCACCCCAAAGCUUCUUCAUGCUCCGGGCUCCGGGGAGGAGUCCGGCCCCAUCGCACCCGAGUCAGCGCUGAUGGGGCACCGGAUCGUAUAUGCCUUGCCAGCCAAAGAUUCCUCAUCGGGAACAGGUACUUCUGUCGAUACCAACCAAUGUCCUUGGACGAGGAAAUGCAGGUAUUGUGAAUAGAUGGUUUUAUUUUGUAAUUUUUCUACCUGAUUGUAUUUUUCUAUUGCACCUUUGAUCUUUACCAUGAACCACUACUUCUGGCUUUGGGUCAUUUUCACAAAGAAAGCAUGGAGUGCCCUGAACCUCCAGCUGUGGGCUCUGGCACACAGGCAAGCUGUGGCUUUUCUCCUCCCAACUAGUUCCUUUGGGUGCUCUAUCCCCUGCAGUAAAGAUGUGGUUGAGUCUUCUCUGGGGAAUGGAGGAUAUGAAGCCCUCUGGCUGGAGCUCUUGCUCGCUUAUACCUUGUAUCCUAGGGUCUCCCACCGUCUCUCUCUGGGCAGGUGGUGGAAGAGCUUGUCGGGGUAAUCUUCCCUGCCCCUCCCCAAUCCCUCCAGGAAAAUAAUCAGUAACUGAGUCCCAAACCCACUUAGUAAUGACCAAGAUUUAUUGAAAAGCAAAUCUCCUUAUCGUGCCUCCUUAAGCCUACUGCAAAAGGUCCUUCUGGGGAGGGUCGGCUCACAGCUGCCCUCCUUGAUCCAGUGCAUGCCCGAGCACAACCAGGAACUGCCCCUCUUGCAGGGGUAGAUUAGGAUACGGGGGCAGUUGAGGCAAAUUGAAAUACACUGUGAACCCUCUCCUCUCAGAGAGGUGACCUCUCCCUCUUCCUUGAAAGAUCUCACCUCUUCCCAACACAUUGCAUUUGGCCGGGAAACAGCCAAUAGAGGAAGCAGCAGUUGAGUUAUCUUCAAGGCAGAGGCCCUAGUUAAUAUCAGAGGCUCAACUGACAAUUCUAAUUUUUUUCCAGAGAGGAUUAAGUCAUUCAUAUUCAGGGCCACAGUAUCAGGGCAGCAAAGCAUUCUGUUCUCCCCUAAGCCAGGGCACUGUUACGAACGCAUUCGCUGAACAGUGCAGCUCCAUUGGCUCUUGCACUGUGCCAGUCCCUUGGUGAGUGCCACUAUGAACAAAGGCUACUGAAAGAGCUCCUCCAGCAAGGAGGAAAAGCACGAUUCCCGUUACUGGGAAUGUGCAGCCCUAACUGCCUCAUUGGGAAAUCCCAAGACAUAACCCCUUCCAAUUCCAGAGGGUCACAGUAUUUCUAGGCAGUAGUCACACAGUGUGUCCCAGGCAGCCUGAUAAAUGAGGUUCCCACAAAUCAUGGGGUUCUGAGGAUAGAACCUAAAGCUGAUGAAUUAUUGAUGAGUUUUUUGAAGUGUUGAAAAUGGAAAGUUAUUUCAAUAAACAAGUCUGGAAUUUUCUA